UGGAUUCAGAUGAUGAUGGUGUUCCACUGGGAGAUUGAUAUGAAGGAGCAAAGCUCGCUCUCCCCUAUUUCGCCCAUCUACGCCAACGUCUGCUCUCUCAAGAAAACUUCUACUCCUCAGAUCUCCAUCUCCUCCCCAACUAGUGUAGACCCUGACCAAUCGGAAGGAGGCCACGCCCUCUUAUCUCCAAGCCCCUCCUCCAGCAUGAUAAGCCCCGCCUCUCCUCUCAGCCCACAAGACGAAUGGCAGGUUUACACUGAUCAGGAGAGCGGCAGGAGAUUUUUUUACCACCCUCUAACCAGACAGACCACCUGGUCGGACCACCGAGGCCAAACGUCGGCCAUAGACAUGGACCUGUCCAGUCCGCUCUCCCCGGCCUCCUCUCAGGGUUCCUGUGAGUGGGAGGAGCUGCUGGACGAAACAUCGGGGCGAGUCUACUACCACAACCAUAAAACAGGAACCACAUCCUGGGCUCUCCCUGACCCAACAUCCCCAUUAUCUCCUGCUGGAUCCACAGGCAGCAGAAACCAGGACGACGUCCCGCCUCCUCUACCAAACCCAGAUUAUCCCGUGGACAGACACAACAACAAUGGAGACUCUGUCUUUACGCAGCUCCCGCAGAUUCCCAGAGCCCAGCUGGACGGCCAGCAGAAGCAGCAGGAGCAGAGGCUGAUGGGUAAUGGAGUUCCUGCGGAGGGAGGAGCUGCACAAGUCAAGAUCAUGAGACACAGUAUCGCUGAAGAUAUGUUUUCUCCGGGACACAGAAGGAUAUCCUCUGACCUCACGGACGCUUCCAGGAAGCAUUCGCCUGACAGUCCGCAGUUUCAUAGUAGGCUCAAGCUGAGGAGGAACCUGUCCAACCACAGCACAGGCAAACCCCAGCGCCAUGGCCAUCUGCUGGAAAAGGCAGGAAUUGUUAACAAGACCAAAUUGGUUGAUCAUGGCAAAAAGAUGAGGAAGAACUGGACUCAAUCCUGGACCGUCCUCCAUGGUGGGAUUCUUACUUUUCACAAAGAUCCCAAAUCUUCCCCAGCUGGAAACAUUAACAAAGCAACGCAGAUUGUUCCAGAGUACACUGUGGACCUGAAAGGAGCGUCGGUCCAAUGGGCCGCCAAAGACAAGUCCUCCAAAAAGUUUGUUCUGGAGCUGAAGACUCGUCAGGGCUGCGAGUAUCUGAUCCAGUACGACACGGAGAGCAUCAUCUCAGACUGGUACAAAGUCAUCCAGGAAGCCAUCCAGCAGCUGACGCCUCAUCAGCCGGAACCAGAGCAUCUAAGCGAAGACGAGGACGACUCGGACAGAGAAGACAGGAAAAGGGGAUCCACCAGGAGCAAUUUAGGAGCAGACUCAGAGCAGAGCCGGAUCCGGAGCAAACUGAGACGCUUCCUGCAGAGGAGACCGACGCUGCAGAGCGUCAAAGAGAAGGGAUACAUCCGAGGUACGGAACGGACCAGAACACCGACCCAGUUAUGAACAGCUAACAGGAAC